UAUUCGUUAUCCUCUCAAAUUAGCUGUUCCCCAGCCCCCAUCCGCCGCAGGGACCCCAAGCGAGACCUGGAUGUUGUUCCAAGUGCACACCCUGAAGGAACAGCUGGGUUUCGCACCCCCGGGAGCUGGAGAAUGGUGGGGGCGGGGAGGGGGUCAGCUGGCUGCAGGCCGGGCCACGCCCCUCCUCUCCCCCGCCCGCAGCGGGGGCGGAGUCGCUGAGGCCCCGCCCUCGGGGGCGGGGAGGGAGCCACCUCCGCCGGCUACUCAGGCUCGGCUGGUUCCGGGUUGAGAGGCUGCGCUCGGACCGGAGCAGUGGCCGCUGAGCCGGCGGGGGUAAGGGGCCGCGCGGAGCCGGGUCUUGGGGCCGGGAUCGGGCAGCUGAGCGUGCUCACAGCCCUCCUCUCCUCUGCCAGGCACAGCCGAGCUUCUGCUUCUCCGGGCCUGCUCCCCGCACCCAUCCCUAGGUGCUGCCCCCGACAGCGUCGCGCUCUCCAGCCGGCCCCCUGCAUCUCGGGGGACCCUCUCCGCCGUCCCCGGCGCCAUGGCGUGCAGCCUCAAGGACGAGCUGCUCUGCUCUAUCUGUCUGAGCAUCUACCAGGACCCGGUGAGCCUGGGCUGCGAGCACUACUUCUGCCGCCGCUGCAUCACCGAGCACUGGGUGAGGCAAGAGGCUCAGGGCGCCCGCGACUGCCCCGAGUGCCGGCGCACGUUUGCCGAGCCCGCGCUCGCGCCCAGCCUCAAGCUGGCCAACAUCGUGGAGCGCUACAGCGCCUUCCCCCUGGACGCCAUCCUCAACGCACGCCGUGCCGCGCGACCCUGCCAGGCACACGACAAGGUCAAGCUCUUCUGCCUCACGGACCGCGCGCUGCUCUGCUUUUUCUGCGAUGAACCCGCGCUGCACGAGCAGCACCAAGUCACGGGCAUCGAUGACGCCUUCGAGGAGUUGCAGAGGGAGCUGAAGGAGCAGCUUCAGGCCCUUCAGGACAGUGAGCGGGAGCACACGGAGGCGCUGCAGCUGCUCAAGAGACAGCUGGCGGAGACCAAGUCUUCCACCAAAAGCCUGCGCACCACCAUUGGGGAGGUCUUUGAGCGGCUGCACCGGCUGCUGCGGGAACGGCAGAAGGCCAUGCUGGAGGAGCUAGAGGCAGACACGGCCCGCACACUGACUGACAUUGAGCAGAAAGUUCAGCGCUACAGCCAGCAGCUGCGCAAGGUGCAGGAGGGGGCCCAGAUCCUGCAGGAGCGGCUGGCUGAAACUGACCGGCACACCUUCCUGGCCGGGGUGGCCUCGCUGUCUGAGCGGCUCAAAGGGAAAAUCCAUGAGACCAAUCUGACCUACGAAGACUUCCCAACCUCCAAGUACACAGGUCCCCUGCAGUACACCAUCUGGAAGUCCCUGUUCCAGGACAUCCACCCAGUGCCAGCCGCCCUGACCCUGGACCCGGGCACCGCCCACCAGCGUCUCAUCCUGUCCGACGACUGCACCAUCGUGGCCUACGGCAACCUGCACCCACAGCCGCUGCAGGACUCACCGAAGCGCUUCGACGUGGAGGUGUCGGUGCUGGGCUCUGAGGCCUUCAGUGGCGGCGUCCACUACUGGGAGGUGGUGGUGGCGGAGAAGACCCAGUGGGUGAUCGGGCUGGCACACGAAGCCGCGAGCCGUAAGGGCAGCAUCCAGAUCCAGCCUAGCCGCGGCUUCUACUGCAUCGUCAUGCACGACGGCAACCAGUACAGCGCCUGCACUGAGCCCUGGACGCGGCUCAAUGUCCGCGACAAGCUCGACAAGGUGGGCGUCUUCCUGGACUACGACCAAGGCCUGCUCAUCUUCUAUAACGCCGAUGACAUGUCUUGGCUGUACACCUUCCGCGAGAAGUUCCCUGGCAAGCUCUGCUCCUACUUCAGCCCCGGGCAGAGCCACGCCAAUGGCAAGAACGUGCAGCCGCUGCGGAUCAACACGGUCCGCAUCUAGUGCUGCAGAGGGAGACCGCAGGCCUGAGCAUGGCCACCAGCGAGAGCCCUGCCCCGGAGAGCGGAGGCCGGGACUCCAGCCCCGCCGGGCCAACUUGAGAUCUCAGGCCAGUUGUUUACCCUCAUUUCCCUGUCUGUAAAAUGGAGGUUUUGCUCCACGAUUCCGAAGCUCUUCCAGCAUUGAUGUUCUGUAGCUCUGACCUUCAUGGGGAUGCAGCUUUGGUCCAAGGAUGUGACAUGGCUUCUCCUCAGGGCAGCCCCUGCCCAACCCUCCUCCCCCUCCUCUCAGGGGCAGGGGACUGCGUCCCUAUGUCUCCCUCCUGCCCACAUGCCCUAAGCUCAGGAUGUGUCAGUUGUUGCCAGCAGUUGGCUGCCUGAAAGAGACACAGAACCCUCUUAUGCUUCCAGGCCUAAGACUUGGCCCUGAUCAAGCUAGUGAUGGGUCGUUUUAUCCUCAAUCCCAGCCCACAGUGGACACAGGCGGUAGCUAGUCCCAGGGUUGCCUGAGAACCACCUUCUCCUUCCAUCCCUGUACCAAGAGCUUCAUGGUUUUCCCACUUAUCUGCGGGUCGAAAUGAUGUUGUGGCCUGUGGAAGGCACCCAGUAGUUAAGCCCACAUGUUACAGUCACUGUGCCACCACCUUCCUGCCCACAGGUCUUAAGGCCAGAUAAUGGCACACCCCGACGUAGGACAAGCAUCACUGGAUGGUGGAGGUCCCCAGCAGCUCCAAACAAGGGUCCAGCCAGGCCUCUGUGGCCAGGCUAGGGUGUAGCGAGGCUGUGGGGAGCAGUUAUUUUAGUCAGGCCCUGAGCACUGGGGUGGGUGUCAGCUGGGCCCCCCUCAUCAAUCUUGGCAUCUGUCUCAGUUGGGAUCCUGUUGCAGAAAACAAGAGCUGCUUUAGCUUUAACAAGGAUUUAUUACCAGGUCCCUAGUGGCUUUGUAAAAUCAUUGGAAGGGCUGGAGGAGCAGACUCUGCUGAAUUUCCAGGAACAGCUCCCAGCCGCCAAAUUCAUCAUGACUUUUGUGACCAGGAACACUGCUCCCAUCUGCAGGAAGCCCCUGCAUCAAGAAGCCGCUGGCUGCAGAACUGCGCUGACUCUCUACUGUCCACGCCAGUCAGUGGAUGUCCUGAGGGCUGCCUCCCCCCAUUCAAUUCGAUUUCCAGAUCCAAAUGUCUACGAGGGAUUCUGUGUGGGGAAACUUAAGUCAGAUCCAGAACCUGGGCUGCAAGGGAGUCUGGGAAAUGUACUUUUCUUCUUUCCAGCCUCAUCCGUACAAAAAGGCACAAUAGAAGAAAGUUAGAAUGGAUGUUGAACAAGCCCACCUUCAGUUUUUGCCAUUGGAAUCCACCUCUAGGCCUUGGCUUUGAAGCAGCAGAGCCUCUAGUUGUCCUGCUCCGUGGCUUUGUCCUUGUCCAGGACAGGGACCCCAGGAGCGGGCCUGCAGGACCAAGCUGAAAUGUCUCCCAUGCCUUAGCUUUUCUUUCUAGUCCUGGGGCCUAGAUUCUGAACUUGAGGUCUCUGACCACACCCAUCUCAAAGGAGCCAGACUAGCUGAACUUGGGGGGCUCCCACCUCACAACUGCUGCCCACUGGGGCCUCCCUUGGGCGGGAGGAAUACUCGGUCUCACCCCACCCAUUCAGCUACCAGAAUCUAGGCCACCACCAGCAGUAUUUUUAUUUUAAAUGUUGCCCAUUUUGUGAGUUAUGAUGAAUUUGUAUUAAAUUAAAGUCACAGGCUGUGAGCGGUCAGUUCCAUUCAUUUUGACACACACAGAGGCCCAUCUAUCCUGGCCCAGGCAGCGUACAUACAUCAGCAUAACUAAACCACAAAGCAACCCUACCAGGUAGAUAGUAUUAUGCCCAUUUUACAGAGGGGGAUAAAUGAGGUUCAUAGAGAGGACAUGACUUGCCUACAGUCCCAUGUCCCACAUCUGGUAAGUGAGUUUAGAACUGAGUGAGCCCAAGGCACUCAUGUCAGAACUUACCAGCCAGGGAAGACUGUCAGUCUUUCCCUGGAGGAGGGUGUGGUGGUAGCCUUGGGAGCAGACAGAGGGGAGAUUAUGAGGCAGUGGCAGGAGCCUAGUCACUGGAACCCCACAGACCUAGGCUUAAAUCCAGGCUUCGUCACUGGAUGCAUUUAGAGAAAUGACUUAACCUCUCUGGACCUCAGUUUUCUCACAUGGAAAAUGGGGAUAAUCACACCAAUCUCACAUAAUUUUUGCUCAGCGGCUCUGUCCUCUGGAGGAGAAGCUGCAAAGUGCAGUGCACUUAGGGAGGACCUGCCUCUCAGAAGGUCCAGGUGCCACCCAGAAUCAGUGCCUGGAACUGUGUGGGUUUUCUGAACCUCUGGACUGGCUCUGCCCCUAAACAGUCUAUCUUCUUCCUUGUGCCUUGUGAGGGGUGUGGGACCACCUAGGCCAGGAAGGUCCCCAGGUCUGCUGUGUCGAAGGCGGUCCAUCCCACCUCUGACUCACGGGGAAGCAGCCUGGCCAGGAGACAGGGCCCUGCAUGUGGACACAAAGUCUGUUCACACUGUAAGUAGAAAGGCCACUGGGACCCCCUGCAGUUGUGCACUGCAGCAGCCUUGGAUACAGGACUCCUGGGCCUAGUCUUUGUUCUGUGCUGACUCAUUUUGUACCGUGAGGGUCCUUUCCACAGUCUCCUCACCUGCAGAAUGAGGGAGGUUAUACUGGAUGCUCUCUGAGGUGGACCUUCACCUAUACCAGGAGGCAGGGAAGGGAAGAGAGGGAAAUACCCCAGUCAUUGAUUUGUUUACUGUUCUAAGAAGAGGGACAUGAACAAGGAGGAGGAGGGGCCAUUGGCAAGGGCAGAGGGAGAGGUCUCUGAUUGGCUGAUGGAGAACACCCCAGUUUACAGAGAAGUUGUAGGGGUUGAUACGGGAACUAGAGUAUCUCCACCCCCCAGCUCCAUGCUCUCAGAUCCCUGUGACUCCCCCAAAGCCACACCCCUCUAUUUUUGCUCAGUGGAUCUGUCCUCUGGAGGAGAAGCACCUCAUCCACGCUCCUUCCUUCGCCUUCCCCCACUCAGUCUCAGCACCAGGUCCAAGAAAGCCUGGUCGCCGCCCAGUCUUCACUCCCAGUUUCCAAGUGUCUGGGAGUAAUUGUAGGGACCUAAUCUGAGCACACAACUGGGGACUCUGGGAAAUCAGGGUACCUCUAAGAGGUAUGAAGUGUCCAGAGAAAUCCUGAAUGAAAGAAUCUGGGGUUAUCAGGCUAAUACCAGGAACUCCACAUCUAACAGGUAAGCAAAGAGGGGAGGUAAAGGCAGCACAGCCUUGGAGAGGAAGGAGGGAUCAGGAAAGAUCUUCCCCAGGGCAGGAAAGAAUUGAUAGAAUGACAGAAACCCCCAUUUGCAUCCCUGUUUGUGGUCAGCAAGCAAAGCGCUAGUACUUUUUGCACCUUCUCUAACAUCAAGACAAGCCCAUGAGGUUGGUAUCAUUAUCUCAGUGUUUGAGCUGGGAAACACUACUUGCCGGGGAAACCACAGCCAGUACUCAGCAGAGCUGGAAAUCAGACCCAGGCCUGUCCAAAGCUGAAGCCCAGUUCUUCACUUACCUCCCUGGAAAUGCUUCUCAACUUCGAGGACCGCUUCAGUGACAGGCAGCAGCCACCAGAACUGUGAUUCCAGGUGGGAGCUUAACCCAGGCUCCACACCAUUGAAUUACGCAAUUGUACCAGGCUCUGCUACCUCAACAAGCCCGUAUGGGAGCAGAGCUAGUGCUUAUUAUUUCAAUUAAGAUUACUUCAUCUAGGGCUUCCCUUGGGGCGCAGUGGUUGAGAGUCCGCCUGCCGAUGCAGGGGACGCGGGUCUGUGCCCCGGUCCGGGAGGAUCCCGCAUGCUGCGGAGCGGCUGGGCCCGUGAGCCAUGGCUGCUGGGCCUGCGCCUCCGGAGCCUGUGCUCCGCAACGGGAGGGGCCACAACAGUGAGAGGCCCGCGUACCGCAAAAAAAAAAAAAAAAAAUUACUUCAUCUAUUUAAUGUGAAGAACUUUCGAAAGAUUGGCCUUACUUCCGUUGUCCUUUUUUCAUAAUAGAAGUCUGUCAGGAAUGGUAUGCCUGUUAGCUCUAGACUUCCAAUAUUCAGCAAAGAUUUAGUAAAAGGCAGAGCUUUAAAUGGGCCUCCUAUUUUUUGAAGAUCUUGCUCAUCAUUUUAAUUAUGAAUAAUGGAGGCAGAGCCUAAGACUAAUAUAGCUUUAAAGAUUGCUCAUGUACAGACAUUUUAAAAUGUUAGGUAUAGUUGAUUCACGCCAAUAGUUAAGAUUAUUAAACCUAGUUGUCAUGAGGUUGAGAAACCAACAAUUUUGUCAUUGAUGUGCAAUUGACAAAAAACAUUAUAGUACUUUCAGCUGUACAAUAUAAUGAUUCAAAGUUUGCAUAUAUUGCAAAAUGAUCACCAUAAUAAAUGUAGCUGACAUUCGUUGCCAUAAAAAAAAAAAAGAAUUAUGCAAUUGUGAGUCAAGUCUCACCUGCAGGCUCUGCCUCAUGUACCUCCCAGGUCAGAGGUGACCUCAUGAAGGCACUAUGUGACCCUGAGCGGGUCCCUCUCCCUUCUUGGACCUCUGUUUCUCCAUCUCUAUCAGGGAGGGGCUAGGGAUCUAGUUAACUGAUUGCCAAGGUACUAGCUCUGAUGGUCCAGGAUUCUGUAAGUCUAAUGUUGGUCCCAGGGCUUGGCCUGCUCAGCACCUAACAAGGCCAUUAGCUCUGGGGUGGUAGCAGGCAGCAGGAACAAAACACAGAGAUAAGGUCUCUUUUGUGUGUUUUUUUUUUUCUUUUUUUUUAAGUGCAAAGAAAGGAUGAAUAGUUGGACCUCGAGUCUCUCCUUUGUUCAUCUCAGCUACUGGUGUACAGGAGUUAAACUACAACAGUCUCCUAUAGAAACACUGAAGUUAAACAGUCUCCCGUUAGCUCAGCUUUGAAAGGGAGAGGGGGAGAGGGCCCAACGUGGGGUGGGGGAAAAGAGAGAGAGAGAGAAGGAGAAGAAGAUGGAGAGAGGAGAUCAGGUCUCUUGACAGCAUAGUCUCAGCUCAAGGGCUCUAGGGAUGGGCCUUCCCUCCUGCCAGAGAGGACAUCCCGGGAGGCUGACUGCUCACACCUGGGCAGAAUUCCUGGCUUCUUCCCCUCCUGCCUGAGUCUUGCCCUGUUCACGAUCCUCAAAUGCUCCACCAGAAUGUCCGUCGCAAAGGACCAUGUCACAGGCUUAAAUGCAGGUGGCCAGGAGUGGUGAGGUCGGGGGAGGGGUGGUGUGCUGGCCAAGGUGCUGAAUUGUCAUUGGCCACCAGGGCAUGAUAAUUUCUCCUUACUCUGGGACACAUACAAUUCUAGCCAGUGUCUCUGGGGGAAAAGGGGUGAUGAGAAGCAGAGCAGAAAUCAGAAG